AACGACGUUCCUCAUUAUCCUAUACGUUUAUCAGCAUGUUAAGCCCCAACCACGAAACAAACUCCUUUUGGCUGGCCUUGCGUGUCUCUGCCAGGUUCCCAAAUUGAACAAACCAAAGAAUCAACUUUUCUGCUACGAAUAAUAAAUAAAUAACUCAUAACCGUGCAGGGGUGAAGGGUGCAAGGGAGAGAGAGGUAUGCCCAAAAGUGAGCUACUUGUUGCCACGAAGGAGGGAAAGUUGUUUUCCGAUUAGUCCGACUCAGUACCACUAACCUAGUACAACUCGGGACGUGGUAUCCAUCAAAUCAUAGACAUCAUACAACGUAGGCCUCUUAUGAAACUUAAACUAUUGCUUACAAUAUAUUAAAUUCUGAGUGGAACGAAGCUCUGAGAUGGAUAAAUGGGAGAAGGAACAUACCAAUGAUCUGAGCCAGGUUCUGGCAAAUUCCCUCAAGGAGCCCAUUCUGGGCAAGCACUUUUCCCUCCCUGGUCGGACUUGCCAAAAGCAGACCAUCGAACUGGACACCAGUCAGAGCUACAUUGCCGUCUACACACACCUCAAGGUCCAUGCAGCUGUAAUGCCGGAUAGAUUGCCUACGCCGGAGUCCCUUGGUCGAGCACCCACCACCGUAGAGGGAAAGCCCAAGGUUCGAGCAUCAAAAAAUAAUUGCCAAGUCCAUAGAUCUUGAUUUUUGUAAAUAUAUUUUAAACUGGGGACCGUAAAUAAUGAC